AUGAACUUGCCACUUAGCCAGGGAGGACUCAUUUACAGCACAGAUUCACCACCUCGGUUUUUAGCCAUUGGCCAACCCUGGGGGUUCACCGUGCAGGUGAAGGGGUGGUGGCAGGCAGGGGGUGGGGAUGGAGUGGAAGCACGGGGUGGUGGGGACACAGAGAUGCUGGGAACAUCAGGUGGUAAGGAUGUGGGGAACACCAGGGAUGAGGAAGGACACUGGGUGGUGAAGGUGCAGGGAUGCCAGGGUCAGCAGACAGUUAGGACAUGGGGAAUUGUGGGAAAUCAGCUGGUGGGAUCUCACACCUGGAAUGUUGUUUUUCAAACCCCAAGGCAUUCUGCCUGGCAACGCAACUGCCAGCAGCAGACAGAGACCUGUCCCGACUCUUUCUUUGCUCAAGUUACAGCAUCAGAAAGCAACACCGACUUCCAAAAAAAAAAAAAUCUCAUAAACAUGUAUGGCAGGAAUGAAAUCUUUCAGCAAAUGCGUAGUAUUAAGCAGUCAAAUGUGGCAGCAAACAGAUUGAAUUAUGUUCCAGAAGCACUGCAAAUGUACAGAAUCCACCUCGGGAGCAGAGCAGCAGCAAAUACCAUGGAGAGAAUCAAAAUGGCAGAGAGAAAGGAUGAAAAAAAUAAUAAUGAUAUAGACAGAGCAAGCCAUAAACAGAAAUCAGAAAACCGUGAAAAACCAGCCGAGAAAAGAUUAAAAACAACGUUAGAGAAUGGCAAUCAGUCAAACCCAACGCCUCUGUCCCAUAUACCUCUGCAAAGACUAAUGGACAUAGAAAUGGAGUUGGUCUACACUGAUGAGGAGGAUAUUUCCUUCGAGUUUGCUGAGCCUAUGGUAUCUAUAAGCACACGAUCGGUGCAGGGAGACUCUGAAAAAGCAGCUGCUCAGAGCACAGCUAAUGGACGCGCUUUGCCUCACAUUGACAAAGAGCUUCAGAUGACCCUCCAGAAAGCCAGCACUUGCUACAAGGAGAACAACCACCUAGCAGCUGUGGAGCAGUUCUCCAUGGCACUGCAGAUUUGCAGUGAAGGUGCUGCUGUAGACAAUCCCCUUAAGUCAUCUGCAGAGGAUAUUUCCAGUAUUGCCAGUUUUAUUGAGACAAAGCUUGUAACCUGCUACUUAAAACUGAAGAAGCCUGAUGAUGCUCUGAAUCAUUCACACAGGAGCAUUUUUCUGAACCCAGCCUAUUUCCGGAAUCACCUGCGCCAAGCUGCUGCGUUUAGGUCCUUAGGGAGAUACUCCGAAGCUGCAAGGAGCGCCAUGAUUGCUGACUACAUGUACUGCCUGACAGGGGGCACCGAGCAGCAUACAAGCAAGCUCAUCAAACUGUAUUGGCAGGCUAUGAUUGAAGAAGCCAUCACUAGAGAAGUAUCUUUUUCAGUUAUGUACACACCAUUUGUGUCAGAACUCAAGGCUGACAAAAUAAACAAGAUAAAGAACAUGUUUGCUAAAAGGCACCCUGAUUACGUGGAGCACAUCUAUACAGAACUUCAUGGACUUCACAUCUUGCCACAGACGGCUGAGUGGCUGUCUCUGCCUCCCCAGAAGUACUCACUGACUCUGGGUUUCAGAAACAAACGUAUUGGAAAAAUCUUGGAAAGGCUGUCAGGUAGAAAACUGCCAAUCUUUUCAGACCAGAAAACACCGUUCAGUCCUCUCACAGAAGAAGAAACAAAAAUGUAUUGGGAGAACACUGCGAGAAAGAUCCUGCCAGUAAUAGAUUUUAUAAGAAGCACCAAAUUAACUGACGAUCACUGUGCGUGUUCACCCGGGAUAGAGAAGUUGCACUAUGCCAGCCUCCUCGGCCAUUUGCAGAGAUUCAAGGAACAGUCCCAAGUGAUUAAUCAAGCGAUGGCUGAGCUAGCAACCAUUCCCUACCUGCAGGACGUCAGUCAGCAGGAUGCCGAACUGCUGCAGUCGCUAAUGGCAGAUGCCAUGGACACCCUUGAAGGAAGAAGUAGUGAUAAAGAACGUGUGUGGAAUAAAAUUCAGAAGAUUGGACUAAUUGAAGACUACUUAUACGAAGUAGAAGACAAUUACUUAAAGAACAAAAGGCUGAGAACAUCUAGGAUGGAAAUAAUGAAGAGUACUCAAAGUACACAGCAAUAUUGGAGACUAGGAAAUCCAAAACCGUCCCUCACCAACCCUAAAAACAUGUUUGCCAUACAGCAAUAG